AUGAGCGAACCCACCGAUAUUCAAUCUCCCGAGCUCUCGGUGCAAGAGAAGCGAGCGCAGCUGGACGAUUUGAUCGCCCGCGCCGCUGCGAAAGAUGCGACCAAAGACCAUGACUCUGCGUCCGAGCUCUACUCUCAAGCCACCGAGCUUCAGGCCGAACUGAAUGGUGAAUUAUCAGUCGAGAAUGCUGAUUUGCUCUACGCCUACGGAAAAUCACUAUACAAUGUCGCAGUCAGCAAGAGUGACGUUCUUGGCUCGAAGGUGGCCGGUGAGCCGGAACCUGGCACCACAUCCUCAACAAACACCUCAGCAUCGAAAUCCACAAAAGCCCCCGGUGGUAGCCUCGUGAAGGAUGCCAUCGCUAGUUCCGCACAACCCUCGUCCGCGAAGCCCAAGAAAGAAUCGGAACCUACAUCUUCCAAGCCUUUGUUCCAAUUUACCGGCGAUGAGAACUUUGUCGACUCCGAAUCCGAGGAUGAAGAGGCCGGUGAGCAAGACGGCGAAGGAGAAGAUGAUGAGGAUGACGACUUUGCCAAUGCCUUCGAGGUCCUAGAUUUGGCUCGUGUUCUUUAUCUCAAAAAGAUGGAGGCUGCCGAGGAGACCGACGGCGGCAAGGGGAAAUCUACCACACUCUCUGCCGAUACAAAGUCACUCAUGGAGCGACUUGCAGAUACUCAUGAUCUUCAAGCCGAGAUUUCAUUGGAGGCGGAAAGAUUCAGCGACGCGGUCGCUGAUUUAAGGACUGUUCUCGAAAUGAGAAACGCACUAUACCCCCUCGAAGACCCAUCAGUUGCCGAGUGCCAUUACAAGCUUUCUCUUGCCUUGGAGUUUGCCUCGGUCCAGCAACCCGAAGAGGGCAGUGACGAGAAACCCAAGGUUGAUGAGGAAAUGCGCAAUGAAUCUGCCGCCGAGAUGGAACGUGCUAUCGAGAGCUGCAAGGUCCGAAUGGCUCAAGAGGAGAAGAAGCUUGAGGCCGAAAAGGAGGAGGAUGAAGACAAAGCAAAUGCGACAAAGAGGAAGAUCGCAAAUGUCAAGGAGAUCGUCGCCGACAUGGAGCAAAGGCUCGUUGACCUGCGCCGGCCACCUGUCUCAAUCGAAGAGAAUGAACAGUCCAAUGAAGCUAUGCUCAAGGGAGUCUUGGGGCAGAUCAUCGGUCAGUCGGCAACAGACCAAAAGGCCCAGCUUGACGCGGCCAGUAAGGGAGCCACAGAUCUGUCUGCAUUUGUCAAGCGCAAGCCUGCAAAGCAGCCAGUGCCUGCUGCAACCUCCUCUAAACGACCUGCGGAGGAGCCUGCCACAGAAAAUGGCUCGAAGAGAUCUCGCGUUGAUGAUGCCUCCUCGUGA